CACCGUGCGAUGAUGUUUCCGGUUCUAAUUUUGUGCGCGCUCAUUUACGACGUGAAAACCGCCAGAAUUCUCAGCUACGUGCCGACCCCAUUGUUCAGCCAUCAGUCUGUGUUUCGUCCACUGCUGAGGGAGCUGUCUCUGCGCGGACACCAGGUCACUGUGCUGACCACGCAUCCAAUGAACGACGUCGAUCUCACCAAUUUGACGGAAAUAAACUUGGGCCUCGCGAGCAAGAUCCCGCGGAUACCAGACGUGAUCAAGGCGUCGCGCUCCAAUGCCAUCGAUGGGCUUGCCUGUUUCUUCUUGGAGAUGUACGAGGUGAUGGACCAGCAUUUGGAUUACGCCCCGGUGAAGAAGCUAAUACACGACAAUGCGACCGGGUUUGAUCUGGUGAUCGCCGAGUACUUCUACGGUAUCCCAAUGGUGUUCUCGAAAAGGUUUCGCUGUCCGGCCAUUGCAAUGCUCCCGAUGGACGCGUGGAACAAUCACUACAAAUGGACUGGUAGUCCUACGCAUCCCGUUCUAUUUCCAGAUGCGCUGAUAGCCACCGACCGUUCGCCCCUUCUAGCGCGACUCAAAAGUUUCAUCUCGUCGUUCGCGACCAACUCCAAGCUGCUGGAGGCGUCGCUUGAGCGCGAACAGACGCUUGUGUCAAAACACUUCGGGCACUAUCCGCCCGUUCGCGACAUUUUCCAAGAGAUCAGCUUGCUCCUCGUAAACGUGGACACAAUUUUCCAUCCGAUUAGGCCGAUUACGCCCAACGUGAUACAAAUAGGUAGUGGAUUCCAUAGGUCCUCGACCGUCCAACACCUCCCCCAGGACUUACAAGAGACAUUGGACGGGGCGACCGACGGAUUCGUCUACUUCAGCUUCGGAAGCACGGUGAGGGGCGAGAGUCUGCCACCGGAAACUCUACAAACUUUCUCUGACGUCUUCCGCGAGCUUCCCUACGUGGUCCUGUGGAAGUUCGAGGGGCGUCUGCCGAAUAAGCCCGACAACGUGAUCGCAUCGAAGUGGUUCCCUCAGCAAGCCGUUUUGGGUCAUCCCAAUGUUAAGCUGUUCAUCACUCAGGGCGGGUUGCAGUCGAGGGACGAGGCGAUCCACGCGCGAGUUCCGAUGCUCGGAAUUCCAUUCCUCGGUGACCAAUUUUACAACGUGAGAAGGAUGGCGAACCUGGGGUUCGGGUUGGAGUUGGAUCACGAUGGUUUACGAAAGGAUGAGUUAAAGGCGGCGAUUCUGGAAGCGAUCGAGAACCCAAAGUACAAGGAGACGAUUACAAGGUUGGCCAUGCUAGCCGAGGAUCAGCCCAUGACUGGGCUUGAGAAGGCCGUCUGGUGGACGGAGUAUGUGAUACGCCACAAGGGUGCCAAGCACUUGAGGGGCCCUCAGCUCAGUGUACCUUGGUAUCAGUAUCUACUGUUGGACGUGCUUGGUGUUUUGGCAGUGACUGCCUCGCUGAUAGCUCUUUUUAUUUAUGUUGUAGUAAAAUCAGUCAUACGACUACUUAAGCGCCAGUCUGUAGUAAAACCGAAAAUAGAGUAGUUACAAUCCA